GGUGAGGAGGUUGGGUAGGCGCUAACGUGCAGUAUGGCGGACGAUGGGGAUGGAAGGAGUGGAGUAGGUGACGCUAGUAACGGGCAGGGGACAACAGAGGAACCUGAAUCGGGUCUCGGUCCAAGCGGGAUGUUGCUGAAUCUCAGUGUUUUAAUCCUAGUGCUGGCUCUUUGCUAUGGGAUUUACCGGCGAUGGGGAAGACGGAUCGGUGCGGACGCGGCCCAGGGAAACGAGGCCUCGUCCCUGCCCAAGAUGAGAAGACGUGAUUUCACUUUGGAGCAACUGGGGGAAUACGAUGGUGUUCAAAACCCCCGGAUCUUGAUGGCUGUUAAUAUGAAAGUCUUCGAUGUGACCAGUGGAAAAAAGUUUUAUGGACGCGACGGACCCUACGGGAUUUUCGCCGGCAGGGACGCGUCAAGGGGCCUGGCGACCUUCUGCCUGGAAAAAGACGCACUACGGGACGAGUACGACGACCUCUCCGACCUGAACGCCGUGCAGAUGGAGAGCGUGCGGGAGUGGGAGAUGCAGUUCAUGGAGAAGUACGACUACGUGGGCAGGCUGCUCAAGCCAGGAGAUGAGCCCUCGGAGUACACCGACGAAGAGGACAUCAAGGAUCACGUGAAGCAGGAAUGAACUGAUCAGAUGACCAAAGCUCGGACCUGAGACAGCUGCAGCCAGCACGCCUCGGCCCCGCCCCCUCAACCCUGGCCCCGCCCCCCACUCCCUGACUCUACCCCCCUCCCCCCCCUCGUAGUUCUUACUCCUCCACAGCCCCCUCCCUCUCUUCCUCAUCCCCUCCUCUUCCUCCAUCUGGCACUGCAGCUGCCCUGAACUGCCCAGACCCCCCCGCCCCCAUCAACCCCACCACCCCCGUCCCACAGAGGGCACGGAGGGCAAAAGCAGCGGGAACUCUGUGGAUUUUAAUAAUUCUACAAUGUCUGGUUUUGUGCUGCCAACUUAAGUAUAAAUAUGGUUUUUUUUUUGUUUUUGUUUCGUUUUUUGUUUUUCCCCUCUCUAAAGUAUCACUGUCACGCAACGUCCGAAAACAUUCUGGGUGUGUUACAGGGAGUUGGGUGGGCAGCCCCGAACUUGGAUGUUUGAACAUGGGGCAGGUGGGAGAAGAGAUUUUCAGUUUUUUCCCUUCAUUGUUCUUGUCAUGUGCACCUCGCGUAUGUUUGGCUUCUGCAUUUGAUUUUGGAAUCUUCCAAAGCAUCAAGGAGGACUGGUUGGGGAAAAAAAAAACAAAAAAAAAAAAACAUAAAUAAAUAAAAUUAAACAAGACUUUAAAAACUGAUGAUUUUUGUGGUUGAGGGCAAGGUAUGGACCAUCCAAAAUAAGGAAGUCUGCCAUUGGUUAUAUUUUUCCCAUUGUGUUAGCAUUGUGUGCACUACUGGUGUUUUGGUUUGUUACCAUGUGAUUGUACUCAUGCAGUGUAAUGCUGCUCUUAAUCACUAAAGCUGAACUGUCUAUUGGGGGAAAAAGGGAAUGUCAGAUUUGAGCCCCUAGUGAAGAGGUAUUAGUUUAAUUCACCGACUGUUUACAUGCCACAGAAGUCUGUAAUCCCCAAGUUUAGUCCGAAUAUUAAUUGUGCCUUAUUUCAGUUGUUUUCUACUGCACCCUGAACAGUUUGAAAUGAAGAAUAAAAAUUUUAAAAAGGAUUAAAAAAAGAACAACAACAACAACAAAAAAGAAAAAACUUGCCCUCGUUUCAUAACCCGGUUGGUGUUGUAGAGAUCAGACGCUGAGGGGGCGGGGAAAUAACUCCCACAAUGUUAAACCUCAACUUCUCCUUUAUUUGAUCUGCUUGCUGGUCGUGGUUUCCGCUGUGCCCCUGUGGUCAGAACCACACCACACCACAGUCUUUAGAACUGUAGCACAGUCUUUAGAACCACACUACAGGCUUUAGAACCUCGCUAGUUUUAGAACGGGCAUCGGGAAACCAAGGUGUGGUCAAAAUCCUGAUCGGUACGCGGCUUGAAUAAACCGGACGUUUGCCGUGCGAAAAAUGGAAAAGAAAAG